AUGUCAAGAGCAAACUUGUCUCCUACUACAACGAAAAGAAAAAGUUGGUGUUGCUGCUUACCACUUGCCACGACAAAAGUGAUAUUGUCGCAAUGGAGACCACCGUCUAUAGGGGGGCAAGCAACAAGUUGUACACAAGCCCAGCCCAUCAUUAAUUACAACCACAAGAUGGGUGGUGUUGAUACCGCCGAUCAGAUGGUCAGGUAUUACAGCUGCAGACGCAAGACCUACAGAUGGAACAUUCGGGUCUUGUACGACAUGAUCGAUAUUGCUGCUCUCAAUGGGUACAAGACCUACUCAGCAUUCAAUAAAGGUGAUCGUAUUGAAUACUUGAAUAAGCUUUCAAGGGAUUUGAUGGCUUAUAAAUGUUUUUUCUUCAUGGUUUGGUUGUUUUUAUGUUUUAUUGAAUCUAAACUGUUUGUUUCAUUCAAACUGAGCUGUUUAAACGAACACCAACAUUUUAUUAGCGACAAAAAAAAUUAA